GUUUGAGCUAGUUCUGGUCCUGCUCGGACAUUUAUGUUAAGUUAAACAGUCAGCAGCACAGGAGGAGGUGUGGACAGAGGUGUAGCAAGAAUACAUUCACGUCUCAUUCUGUGUUAAAGGCAGUACUUUUUUGGUCUCUCUGCCCUAAAAUCCAAAGCAACUAUGGGAAGAAAAAAAUCCUCCGGUGAAGCAGAUGCAAACAUAGAGCCAAGGAGAAAGUCUAAAAGGUUGUCGGAGAGAGAUGCACCGGCAGAACCACAGCCGGAAAAGACAAAGGCACCACCAAAAGCCAAAAAAGUGAAAGAGUCAGCAAAGGCAAAGCCAGAGGAGAAGAAAGACGAACCUCAGGAAGAGAAAGAAGAGGCUCCUGCAGAAAAUGGAGCUGAGGAGGUUGCAGCCACAGAUGAGGCAGAGAAAAGUGAGGACAAGGAGGCUGAAGAAGACGAGGAUGAGGAGGAGGAGGAUAAAGAUGCAGAGUAGUGCUAGAAACCCUUAAAACAGUUGCCAGUUUCCGUGUUCCUUCUUUCUUGUACAAUGCAGAGAAUAUUUUAUCUAUUUUCUUAUGACAGCAGAGUUUUUAGGGAUGUGAUCACAAAAAUGUCUUUUAAAGAAUACAAAAAAAAAUUCACUUCAAUUUCAUGGCUUUUGUGAAGGGAAAGUCUGAGGGUUUUCUUCUUUGAUUGUACUUUUUUUCAUGCUGAUGUCAGGAGUUUCAUGUUCAGUUUACUUGAGGCAUUCCUGAUAAGUUGAGGUAUUUUGUGACUUGUACUGCUUUUGAGUUCAUUGUAAUACUGUGCCUGGUAGGACAUGAGAUGAAAAAAAAGCCUGAGAGUUGUUUCAUGCUAAUUAACAUCGUGUUCACAUAAUUAUUUUCACUAGUACUGGCAUUAGUCAUGUGGAUGUUUUUAUGCAGUCUGUAAUGGUACAUUUAAGGACUGUUAAAAAAAUCCAUAUUGUCUCCUUUGCACAGUUAAGCAUAGCUAAUCAUACAUGCUGUGGUUUUGUCUUUUCAGAUUAACUGUUUUUUUUACUACAAAAUGUAUACACCACACAAUGUGGGUAUGUGGUUUGGGGGUUUCUUUACUAAUGUACAGUCUCCUCCUUUUUUUAAAAAAAAAAAAGAAAAGGAUUUUUUUUUCUGUAUGAAUUAUAUUAAAUGAGAAUUAAAAUGAAACUUUGUUUGUAUUCCAUGUUCCUAACCACUUCAUUAUGUGUUCAGUGAUUGGAUUUUAAUCAAUGCAAGAUGAUAUGAACAGCUUUGAACUAAAUUGCCACUGAUCGUGACCACCUAACUAUUGUGCAUAAUAUUAUCUGGGAUCCCUUUGUCUAAAUGCCAUGGCCAACUUGUCUGGAGUUAAAUGUGUUGCUUAAUUUGACUCCUGUAGCAUUCAAGUUUAAAUGAAGUUGUACAGUGUGUACAUAUAUAAUAAAUUACGCAGUGGUUGGCACUUAGUAGAUGAUGAACCAAAUGUAGCAAGGUUAUCUGGUACGAUGGUGACAGGCACAUUUUAAAUAUAGUGCAAAGUGAGGUGCUUUCUUCUGUGUUGAGCUGUUUACAGUAAGUGUAUGGUGCUGCAGUUUACACUAAUAAACCUGUGAAUUACAUUUUACCCAUAAUAUCCAGCAAAAAUCCCAAUCCCAAUAAUAUAGUAUUUUCAUUAAAAAUUUGAUAAAGUAAGAACAUAAUGUAUAGAAGUCAAAAAACGUAAGAUGGGUGCUGUGUGUCUUGUCUUCUCAUUUGCUAAGUCUAAUACUGCAAUUUAGGGCUCCACUAUGCAUUCAAUAAAUGACGCAGAAUGGUCAAUGGUUGAAAGGAAUGGCUUUCCAAAAAAAUGUAUUAAUGAAUUUCAGUAUGUAGGCCUAUUAAGUAUUUAAUAAACACUUUUCAUGAAAUGAA